GUUUUUGUUAACGACGCACUGCAGUAGUUGAAUGCGUUUUACAAAUACAGGACUCUACAACAAGAGGACAUGUACAGGCAGGACUGAAACUACGUGCCUUCUAUGCAGCGAUACCAGUUAUCAGUUUUUAUCGAGAACACAAAUUAGGACGCGUGAAAGUCCGCUUUUAACUGAUCGGUUAUGAAAUGGCGUCGCAGAGAGCUGUGUUACCUACUUGUGGCAUCUGCAAAGAAGAAUACGACACCCUGAAAAAGAAACCAAUAUUUUUACUCUGCUUCCAUACUUUUUGUCUAUCGUGUCUUCAGAAUGAAAAAAAGAACGAUACAGCCAUCCGUUGCCGGGAUUGCAAGGAAGAAAGUUCAAUUGAUAUUAACAAAGAGAACAUGGGACUCAAAGAAAACGAUAAAGUUAUGGCUCGGAUAAAUGAUUCUACUUCUCCAAGCACCAAGCUUUCCGAUACAGAAGUUAAAAAUGAGCGCUAUUUGUGGUGCUUGACUUGCAAAUUGACCGUCGCAGAGGAAACAGAUUGUGUUGAAAAUCAUACCGCUAUGGACCUGGAGUCAGCGAAAGAAAAGAUCAAUGAUCAUUUCCUGGAUCUUCUUCGCAAGUAUAAGAAUCAGCUGAGUGGGCAUCUCACUAAGCACCGCGAGACAGAUUCGGCUUUAGCAGCGGUUCAAUCUGCUCUAAGCGCUAUAAGUGGGCUAGCAAGUUUUCACCGAAAAGAGAACACAUCUCAGAUAAGAAAACUUCAAAAGCAGCUAAUGGUUGUGAACAGUUUAUUGGAUAAUCCUCUCGAGGAACAGCUAAAGGACCAAGAUAUACACAAGUCUAUUCAAAUGUACAGUGAUUUGGUGGAACAAACGAGUGCCAUUAAAACAACAGAUUUCGAUCGAAUCCGCAAUUCGGUCGUCUCAUUGGACAUCCAAACUCCGGGCAGCCAACAGUUGCCGACGUCGCUGUUCAAUUCUGCCCUGAUUAAUUUCCCUUCGGAGGGGGCAAACGAGCAGGAAUCGAGUCUUCUUACUACCCUUUCAUUUUUGAUUUUUCUGACCAUCCAAAAGGGACAACAGAUGACAACCUUACCGCACAGAAAGAUGUCAGAACCAUCGACAAAACCGCCUCAAACGGUCACUUUUACAAUGGAUGUAGCAGAAGGGAAAGAAGAAGCUGUCGGCAAUGAGGCUGAACCUACAAAACAGAGAGAAGCCAUGGCCCGAUCACCGUCCGGCGUAUUAACGCGGUCUAAGUCGUUCAUUUUCAAUAAACCGGAUUCUUCCGGACGGCCGUAUCGUGAUUAUCCAAAAGAGCAACAAACGUAUGCCCGCCACCAAAGGCCGGAACGUUUACCUUCGAACGAGCAAGUGGCCACAAAAUGGAAGACAUCCGUCCCUUCGCAAGAGACUUUUCAAGUUCCUGCGCCCGUCGCCAUACCGCCUUUGAUGUCAUUGCCAAAUAAAAAAGCUCUCCUGACUCUAGCGGUGAACGGCCAGCCCUACGGGAAUAUCGUUAUUGAACUUCAACCAAAUAUGGCACCGAUCAUGUGCGAGAAAUUCGUUCAGUGUUGUGUAACUAAAGAAGGGCCCUCCUAUCAAGGAACUAUUUUUUAUCAGUCUAAAGAAAAGGCAUUCAUCAUGGGCGGCAAAAUUCCGGGCCAGGAGUUGGAGUUGUACAUGGCGGAUGCUUCUCCUUUGAAAAAGAAUCGCGGGGCCAUAUUUUUCCGGCUGAAACGCGACUACGUCACAACGCAGUGUAGCAUUGUAUCGACGGAUUUUUGCAUUCACCUGGGCGAAAAAAGACCAGAUAACCAUCGAACUUCCACCGUAUUCGGUUAUGUCUCCGACGGUUUAGCUGUGUGUGACGCCAUUAGUCAUUUAGACUGCAACCGAAAUCACGUUGCCAUAUCCUCGACUGGACUUGUUGGCUAAUUCAUUUAGUCCUGAAAACUGAGAGCUAAGUAUCUUCUUAUAAAUUGAGUAAACUCUGCAUAAUUAAGCGAAGUUAUACUUUGAACACGAUUCGUGACGAAGUUUUUCCCUGGAAAUAUUCAUGGAUAGGACAAUCUGAAAAGAGUAGCCACCUUUAAUUAAAUAAGAGCGCUUUUACUAACCUUACAAUCCCUACGGUAUAGACUUAUUUGUAAGGUAAUAUUAUUCUGCGCAUAGCAUAACUAUAAUAUCUUAUUGAUCCUCUACUCCUAACGCUUCGUGCUAUUUUAGAAACAAAACUGAUUUCGUAAGUUAAGGAAUAAUCAUAAACUGCUUGUGAAGGCAUAGACAAUUAACGCUUUUCGGAUAGCUUUUCUUUCAACUUAUAUUCUAGGUGGUAUAGUAUAGAUCUUAAUGGGAUAGGAAAAUCUUUCGUUUUAGCUUUAGAAUUGAUUACGAUUAAAAUAUCUGGCGUGGGUAAGCAAAUCUAAAUCUGGGGAAUCACUUCAUUUCAACUCUAUGUUGACAAUUUUUUAAAAUCUUGUACAAACUUGCUUCCUUGGCAUGCUAAAAGCGAAUGAUAUUAUUUGGUAUAGUUAAAAAAUCAAGUACUAAAUUGAAUUGACAGCCUAUCGGAAAUUGGUAACAGAUUGUAGAGAGACGAUGACGUUUAUUUAGAGCAUCCAAUUCUCUUUAGUUCUCCUGAGAAGCUAAUCCUAAAAAUUCUAUUGAUUAAACGCGUCAGUAAGUUUCUUACCACUUGGUACAAAUAUCGUUACAAUCCCCCAAAGGAAAUCCCUCCCCAUUUGAUAAUUUAGGUUGUGGUCUGGCAAUUUUUUAAUAUUUUUGGAUUUAACAAUAAAAAAAAAAAGAAUGUUGGCAAAUGACAUGAAAAAUUCUACCUCUUGUUAUGUGACCCAUAAAAUGUAUUUCGAAAUAAGAACCAAGUCAACGACAAAUUUUUCCAUUCGCUAAGGUGUGUCGAAUUGAAACAUAAUAAAUGGUUUUUGGUAUGUA